AUGAAAUCCUUCCCAACAGCUUCAUUACUACCCAAGGAGGAAACUCUGGCCGAUCGUUUUCUUGAACAAUAUCCAGAAUACGACGGACGUAAUGCUGUUGUAGCCAUCUUUGAUACAGGGGUAGACCCUGGCGCGAUUGGAUUACAGACAACACCGGAUAAUCGUCCCAAGAUUAUCGAUAUUGUGGACGCAACAGGCGCUGGAGAUAUUGAUACGUCCACUGUAAUCAAGUCUAUUGAUGGAUUAUUGACAUUAUCCAAUGGUCGUGUAUUGACACUUAAUUCUAAGUGGAAAGUAAGUGUAGACGGCAAAUAUCACGUUGGACAAGUCAUUGGGUACAAUUUGUUUCCUAAUCCGCUAAUAAUUAGGCUAAAACAAGAACGAAAAGAGAAAUUUGAGAUUCAACAGCGACAGGCUGUGAAUCAAGUCCAAACACAAUUAUUACAAUGGAACAAGGACAAUCAAGUGACAACUAAUGACACAAUCAAGUUACGGAUGAAGAAGGACCUGGAGAUGAGACUGACGCAGUUGCAAGAACUGAGUAAAAGUUAUAAAGAUCCAGGACCGAUCUAUGACGCCAUUGUCUUUUAUGACGGUGAAUGCUGGCGAGCAGCUUUAGAUACUACAGAGACGGGAGAUUUUACAGAUAUUCCAGCACUGACAAACUUUAAGGAUGAACGACAAUACGCUACGUUCUCGCAAGAGUCACAACUCAAUUAUGUGCUCAAUAUCUAUGAUGAGGGCAAUAUAUUGAGUGUCGUGAACGAUGUUGGAGCUCACGGGACACACGUGGCUGGAAUUGUCGCGGCAUACUAUCCAGAUCAACCAGAGUGCAACGGUGUGGCUCCUGGGGCACAGAUUGUUGCUGUGAAGAUUGGUGAUGGUAGAUUGGGGAGUAUGGAGACGUCGUCAGCUCUGAGUCGUGCAAUCCUAGCGGUCAUGAACUCGAAUGUUGACGUCGUUAACAUGAGCUACGGAGAAUAUGCAUCGCAGCACAAUUAUGGUCGCAUCGUGGAGCUUAGCAAUGAGCUGGUUGACGAACAUAACGUGCCUUUUGUGGUCAGUGCAGGUAAUAAUGGACCUGCCUUGGGUACAGUGGGUGCUCCGGGUGGAACAACGUCUAGCAUGCUGGCUGUUGGUGCCUAUGUGUCCCCAAAGAUGAUGGAAGCAGAGUACAUCAUGCGUGACAGCGGCCUACCAGGUAUUGCUUACACGUGGUCAUCGCGUGGACCGACAUUCGACGGUGACAUCGGAGUGAACAUUUGCGCCCCUGGCGCUGCCAUUGCACCGGUGCCGAACUGGACGCUGAACAAGAAGCAACUCAUGAAUGGUACGUCGAUGUCUUCGCCGAAUUGCGCUGGAAACAUUGCGUUGCUAGUCAGUGGCUUAAAGGCUCAGGGUGUCGAGUACACACCGUACUCGAUCCGUCGCGCCUUGGAGAACACUGCCGUCAAAAUACCCAAUGUGGAAGUUUUCGCGCAGGGAAAGGGUCUCAUCCAAGUGCUUCCAGCGUUCGAAUACUUGAUGAACAGCAACGUCUUUGAUGGAACAAAGAAAUUUCCCCUUCACUACGAAAUUAAAACAUCUUCAGGCAACGGAAAUGCUCGUGGCGUCUUCCUCCGUGAUAGUGCCGACUUUGCUCAUGACAGCUCUGAAGUCAAUGUCAAUGUGACGCCUAUUUUCCAUAAAAAAACUCUCCAAGUCGACAAGGUUCACUUCGAGCAGCAUGUGCGCCUCGUUCCUUCUGCGCGUUGGAUUGAUGUAGGACGAAGCCUUGCCUUGAUGCAGGACGGGCGAAGUUUCAAGGUGCUUGUAGAGACAAAGCAUCUGACGGCUGGCGAGCAUUACGGCGAAAUCGUUGCUUACGACACAACGAAUGAAGGUCGAGGGGCUCUGUUCACCAUUCCGGUCACUGUGAUCAAGCCUGAAGACGUUGUAUCGACGCUCAUCUACCAGACGAAAUUCCAGCCUGGCAAUAUCUCUCGCCGCUUCAUCACGCCUCCUGUGGGAGCUACAUGGGCGGACAUCAUCUUCUCGCGAGCUAGCGGGAACGACGAGCGUGAAGUGGAAUCCAGCUCGUCAGGCAAGUUAUACAUCUUCGAUGCAAUGCAGUUUCAGCCAUUUGUGCGCCAGAGCCUAUCGUCGUUUCACAAGGCCUUCAGCUUGAAGCCUGGACAGGAGCUCGCCUUUAGUAUGGAUCUACUGGGAGGGUUGACAACUGAGUUCUGCUUGGGCCAGUUUUGGAGCGCCAUAGGAGACUCAAUCGUGCAGAUCGAGAUUCGCUUCCACGGCAUUAAACCCGACCAAGAGAAGAUUGUUGUCACCGGCGGCGAAGAAUCACACAAGGUGUUGGUUUCGAGUUCCGUAGAGACCGAGAUGCUAGCCCCUAAAAUCGGUUUUACAAAGUAUGUGCAGCACAUCCGUCCAAAGACGGCGGAAAUUGCUCCACUGAGUUCAAGUCGUGACCAAUUCCCCGACAAGCGUCAGGUGUACGAACUAAUCUUGACGUACCCAUUCACGAAGAAGGAGGAGGGCAAGGUGGUUCCACACUUGCCUCUCUUGAAUGGUCGUCUGUACGAGUCACCCUUUGAAGGGCAGCUAAUGAUGAUAUUCGACGACAAGAAGCAGUAUAUGGGCUGCUCGGAUACCUACGGCGAUGAAACAACUUUAAAGAAGGGAUCGUAUGUCGUUCGUACCCAAGUGCGGCACGAGGAUGUAAGCAAGCUUGAAAAGCUGAAGCAAAUGGUGCUGCUUCUGAACCACGAGGUCCAAGAGAUUUCUGCGUCCGUGUUCGGACACCAGGAUGAUGUCUCGCUAGGCAACAAAGCACUUGACAAAAAGAGCUUGUCAACUGGAAAAUACGUGCCUCUUUUCGUCGCAGAACCUGCGCAUGACAAGCUCCCUGCCGGGAAUGCCGUCGGAGACAUUCUGACGGGUAAGAUCCACUUUGGUCAGAAGGAUGGCGCCAUUAAGGGAAGUGGUAGACGCCCUGGCGGGUUUGAUAUUACGUACGUCAUUCCUCCAGCGCCUACCCCAGUCAAGAAGCCUGAGCCGGACGAGCUGAAGGACGAAGCCGACGAGGCUGACGAAGAGAAAAUGGCAAACGAAGCUAUCCGUGACUUGCUGCUUGAGCGGGCGACAAAGCUGGUCGGUAAACCUACUUUCCUGCCUGCGUGGCAGCGCCUCGUGGACCAAUUUCCGAAUUACCUGCCGACAUUACAGGCAAAGCUGCACCACUUUGACGACGAAGCCACUCGGUCUUCUCAGCUGGCGGUGGUGAUCGAAAGUGCUGAUGCCGUGCUCACUCGCAUCAAGCAGGAUGAGCUGGCGCUGUUCUUCGGCACUCGAAACGUGCCUGACGACCAACCAGCAGCGGAGAAGAAGUUGCGCAAGGAGAAGGAGAAAGAGAAGGCGAUCCUUGUCGAUGCUCUUGCACGCAAAGCUCGAGCUCUCGGAGACAUUGCCCAAUGGGACGACUUUAUGCUCACGUAUGCAGAUCUACAGAAGUGGGAAGACGUCGAGGCGCCAACGUACCUGCACGUGGCGUUGCAGCAUGACCGACACUUUGAUGCUCCUGGUCUUGCACUGCAACGUCUGCGCAUGGUUCAAAACAUGGAGCAGACCGACAGAAUCAAGAUCAUUUCCGACGAAAAGCUCGCGUGUGAGAUUGUCAAUACUCUCAAUGCUCUGCAGUGGACGCACUGGACGAAGUACGAAACUCAAUGGGAACGUCGUCGCUCGCCAUCUUCCUACCGGAUCUUUUAG